AUGUCAUAUCUGAUCUCACGUCUGAGAAUAUCUACUCCAAAAAUUCCAAUUCAUACCAAAUUUCAAUACAGAAACUUCUCUCGCACAAACGUCAUCAUGGGUGUCACAAAGACUAUCUUGAAGGAGGGUUCUGGUGAAACUCCUAAGCCUGGAGAUACCGUCACCAUUCAAUACACUGGAUGGUUGAAGAAUACCAAUGCCAGCACUCCUGAGACGCAAAAGGGUAACCAAUUCGAUUCAUCUGUCGGCCGUGGUGCUUUCGUUGUUCAAAUCGGUGUUGGUCAAGUCAUCAAGGGCUGGGACGAGGGCGUCACCACCAUGAAGGUCGGUGAGAAGGCUACCUUGGAUAUUACUCCUGACUACGCCUAUGGUGCCCGCGGUUUCCCCCCUGUCAUCCCAGCUAACUCGACUCUCCUCUUUGACGUUGAGCUUCAGAAGAUCAACUAA